CUGUCCUUCAUGCAGGCGGGAUUUAUGCCUUCCCGCCUAUUACGGUCAGGUUUAUUAUUGCUAAGGCGGGAAGGUCUGCCUCACUGUCAAGACUUUGUAGUCGGUUUCCGUACAUCAGAAAUUCACCCGUAAAGGAGAAAUUUCGCGCUUCACUUGUCUCAGUUUCACCAAUGACAUCUGAUGCGGAAUUUGCGACACUGUUAUCAUGCUGUGUGAAAGUAGAACCACUGAGUUCCCUUCCUGUUGAAUACGCUUCAGUGCUUACGAGACCGUGCUCAAUAGUGUGUGAAGUUACUCCUCUUAGUAAUUCAGAAAGUGUACAAACAGACAUAAAUGAGGAUGAUUUGAUAAGUGCUGAGUGCCAAAUCGCUCUACCAGCUUUACCGCUUUCACUUGAAGAUUAUGCGUCUCCUGCUCCUAGUCUUGUGCGUGAUGAUAUCUCACUGUAUACUUCGAUCAUAGGAGGCCGAACAAUUUCGUGAAUCUUAAACACAACUAUUGCGUGUUACUUUGAACUAUGGCCGUGAAUAAAACUGCCUGCAGUAUUCCUCUGCACAUGAUGACCAAAAUGAACUACCUGUAAUGCCUUUCUUCGGUCCGUUUCUAGUUAUUUUCCUUGUUGUUUUGAUUUUUGUAAAUAAAUGCUUUUGGAUUU